AUUUUAUUAUUCCUGUUUGAAGUUUGAACUCUCUUUCAAUCUGCCUGGUACCUUUCUUAAAUUGACAGAAGAAUUCUUUGCGCUCAUUAUUUAUCAAAUACUUCACAGCUUCCUUAACAAUUAAGAAUGUAAUUGACGUCAGAAGAAAAUUAAAAAAACCCCCCGAAGUUACGAAGGAAUAGGGUUUACUCAGGAUUUAUAUAUUGGUUUCGAUUUUUCAGUUUGCUGCAUCUAUUUCAGGUUUAGGGAAUUUUGGUAAAAAGUCUAAUUCAUGACAUCCCGGACAUUGAGAAGAAGGCUCCACCAUGGAGACGUUGACGGUAGAAGAAACGAGCAUUUUGAGACAUCACGGUUUGAUUCUUUAGACGAGCCAUUACUCGGAAAUAGAGACUAUGAUGACGUGCACUCAGAGGGCCAUUCCCUUGGUGAGAUUUUGGAUGAUGGGCGGAAUAAAGAACACUUGCAUUGGACAAUGCUUUUUUCUCAUAUAAUUGCUCAAUGGGCGCAGUGGUUAGCAAAUAUUGUCCUCGGAUCUGGGUCAUUUAUUGGACGUAUUUUGCCAUUUGUACCGGGCAAUCAAAAUGGACCAAAUGGGAAGAUUUCACCGCCUUCACUCAGUCCCUUACAGGAAGCAAGACUCAAAUAUCUAAAGCAAAGGCUGGCAGUUCCUUUCGAUGGUUCUUUUUUGGAGCAUCAAGAUGCACUCAAACAGUUGUGGAGAUUAGCUUACCCUGAUAGAGAACUCCCAGCGUUGAAAUCAGAGCUUUGGAAAGAGAUGGGAUGGCAGGGAUCUGAUCCUUCAACAGAUUUCAGGGGUGGAGGAUUCAUAUCAUUGGAGAACCUUAUCUUCUUUGCCAUGACAUAUCCGGAAGCAUUUCAAAACUUGUUGCACAAGAGAGUUGGAGAUAGGUCGGAAUGGGAGUAUCCUUUCGCUGUAGCUGGCAUCAAUAUUUCUUUUAUGCUGGUGCAAAUGUUAGAUCUUCAAUCAGGAAAGCCAAAUACGAUAGCUGGAAUUCGAUUCCUGGAAUUAUUAAGUGAAGAUGAAAUGGCCUUUGACAGCCUUUUCUGCAUUGCCUUUGAGAUGUUGGACGCACAGUGGCUUGCAAAGCAUGCCUCAUAUAUGCAAUUCAACGAAGUUCUCAAGUCUACGAGGGUUCAGCUAGAGCGGGAGCUUGCACUUGAUGAUGUCUACAGUGUAAAAGAUUUACCAGCUUACAAUCUACUAUUGAAAAGAUGAAACAUUUGAUAACACUUAUUUGAAGAUAAUUCGUUUUU